GCAGAGCUAAAGAGUUGAAAUAUUACUGUGGCUCGUCAAAGUUUGUCUGGCAGUGGAGGAGGAUGUGAAAAGGAAUGACAAGAUCAAUACAAGACAUCUGGGAUCUUACUUAUUUUCUUGGGGAUACAGUCUUUCUACAGCGCUGUGCGCCUUUACGCACUUACAGAGCUCAUCUGGAGUUUAGGCGACAGUAGAUCGUUCGAGCAGCAAACAUGACCGAGGAGAGCAAGUCACUGACUGAGCAUCCAUGCAGUCCAGCCGGCAGCGAGGGCUCCAUAUCCCAGCAUGGGUCGGAUUCAGAGUGUCCGACCUCUCCAGCAGGGUCAGAAGCGCAGGAUGCAGCGCACCCGUCGGGUAUUACGCACAAAACGGAGAGCUGUCCGGAGGAUGAGCGGUUCCCCGCCUGCAUCCGCGACGCGGUGUCUCAGGUACUGAAAGGUUACGACUGGUCUCUGGUGCCAAUGCCCAGCCAGGGGGAGAGAGGACUGAAGAGCAAACCUCACGUGAAACGGCCGAUGAACGCAUUCAUGGUUUGGGCGCAGGCAGCGCGGAGGAAGCUGGCGGACCAGUAUCCUCAUCUGCACAACGCUGAGCUCAGUAAGACGCUGGGAAAACUGUGGCGACUUCUCUCUGAAACAGAAAAGCAUCCUUUCAUUGAGGAGGCUGAGAGGUUAAGGCUGCAGCAUAAAAAAGACUAUCCAGACUACAAGUACCAGCCUCGGAGACGCAAGAACACCAAACCGGGUCAAGGGGACUGUAGAGCCGGACUGGUCCAGCAGCAGCAGCAGCAGCAGCAGCAGCAGCAGCAGGGCUUGUAUAAAAUGGAACCAGGACUGGCCAGGCUCGCUGGUACAGGGGAAGUGCACCACCAUUAUCAUCCAGACAGGACAGGUCAGUCUCAUGGACCUCCAACACCUCCUACCACCCCUAAAACCGACCUGCACAUGGGGACCAAGCAUGAGGGCUGCCGUUCUGUGGACAUCAGCUCAGCUACUCCACUCAGCCGUCAGAACAUCGACUUUAGUAACGUAGACAUCUCAGAGCUCAGCACUGAUGUCAUCGGCACCAUUGAUGGCUUCGACGUCCACGAAUUCGAUCAGUACCUGCCUCCAAACAGCCACGGCACCACUAUUCUAACCCCACCGGACACCAGCAGCCCCUCUGGAUCCUUCAUCCCACCCAGCACCCACUGUCACUCUCAUGGUGUCCCCAACUGGACACCCAAAACAUCUGGUGGGACUCCAACUGGAAUGCCACCAUCCUCUAGUCGAGACAACCACCACGGGCUGCAUGAGGAAGGCAGCCAGAAACCUCAGAUUAAGACUGAGCAGAUGAGUCCAGGUCACUACAGCUCCUCCUCCUCCUCCACUCCUCCCCCACCACCACAUCCACCUGAGUACAUCACCCUGAACUCAGGAGCCUGCCCUUCCUCCACCUCAUCCUCUUCGUCCUCUACCAAUCCGUCACACUACACUGAUCUUCAAAGCUCCAGCUUCUACAGCGCUUUCUCUGGUUACUCUGCCAGUCUGUAUCAAUACCCAUACUUCCACUCCUCCCGCAGGCCGUACACCACGCCACUUAUCAACAGCCUGACCUUGGCACCACCUCCACAUAAUCCUCCCUCUGGCUGGGAGCAACCUAUCUACACCACACUCACCAGGCCUUGAAGAGGACAACAACAUGGCCAUUGAAGCAGACUUGUAAUACUGACAGUGAUUGGUGGUAUUUUUUUGUCCAGAACUCAUAUUGUGUGUCAAUAUGUUGAAACAUUUAUUAUUGUGCAAAAAGAUUAACAAGGAUUCAGUGUGCUUUCCUGAACUGGACUCUUUUCUGAGUAAAACGCCUGCAGCAUGACAUUUACACCUAGGCUGUACACUAAAAUGUUCCAUUGAAACUCCACAUUAGUGAAAUUUGGGUGUGAAAGUAGCACCUAUUUUAUACACAGAGUUUUAUGCAUGCAGUUUUUCCACAAUAAAGGUGGCUGAGAAAAAUAGUUUCCUAUUUUUCAAACAUUUUGAUUACCAUUAAGGCUGUUACAUUCUUCUUCUUUGGUGGGACAGA